UCGAUUUUUUCCAAUCACUUCCCCCAAAUCCCUCCUCUAAAAUCCACUCUCAAAAUCCAUUAAAAAAAAAAACCCUAAAAAGGGUGUUUGAAAUUUUUUUCCGAUUUUCUCCGAUUCGAUUUUGGAAAAAAAAAAAAAAACAACCGGAAUCGCCGCUUCGAUUUCAAAAUCUUCGAAAUAAUUUUACACAGGCCGUUUGAAUUUGAUUCUCUAUUUCUAACCCUUUUUCGUUACCGCUACGGAGGUUUCUUCUUCGUAGUGGUUCAUCUUCUUCACAGAAGAAAUCAAAUUCAAAUGAGGCCUUUUCUGUAUAUCUUUUUGAUCGGGGAGGGAAAAAAGUCAACGUGAAAAAAAGGUGGAGGGUAUUUAGAGCGAUGUUGGGUGAGAUUCGCUGUGGGUUUAAUGUUGAAAGUUGUUUCUUCCAUUUAGCCGAAUGGCAUCCUUUGCAAUAGCAUAGUUGAUUCGGGCUUCAGGCCUUUAAAGAAAAUCAGGUUUAAGAUUUGUUGUUCGUUGUUCCGAGGCUUGAGAGCUGCAAUUUACUACCUUCAAUGUUUUGAGUGUUUAAAUGUUUAGUAAGAGUGUUUCAUUUGCUAGAGCAAUGGGGUGUUGUGGUUGCUUUGGCUUCACAGCAAGGCCCAAACAAACUUCCAGGCCCAAUUGUAGAUCUAACUUUAAAAUUUCCCGGGAGUUAUUGUUAGAAGAAGAAAUAGAAGAAGAAGAUGAUGAUGAUUGUUCAUAUUACAGUGAGGUUACUAACACUGCUCAUAGAGAUGAAGUGGAGUCUAUAGGUCGUGCCAAGCGUUCUGAAGAAAUUUUGAGGUUCAAACUUGACAAUGGCUUGAUUUGCAGGCAAUUUCCUGUCAAGGAAACCAACAGGAUUGUCCGGUCAGAGGAUGGAAAUGGGAAUAAGAUGAUUAAUGAGUAUGUGAGGGAAUACAAGAUUGGUUCUGGUAGCUAUGGAAAAGUGGUUCUGUAUCGAAACAGCAUAGAUGGGAAACACUAUGCUAUUAAGGCUUUUCAUAAGUCUCAAUUGUCAAAGCUGCGAGUUGCUCUUACAGAGACGGCACUGACUGAUGUUCUUCGUGAGAUUCUAAUUAUGAAAGUGUUGGAACAUCCCAAUAUAGUCAAUCUCAUUGAGGUGAUUGAUGACCCUAGCAUGGAUCAAUUCUACAUGGUUCUUGAGUAUGUGGAAAGCAAAUGGGUUUGUGAUGGUUCUGGUCCUCCUGGAGGCAUUGGUGAAGAUACUGCUAGGAAGUAUGUGCGAGAUAUAGUAUCUGGACUUAUGUACCUCCAUGAUCAUAACAUUGUGCAUGGAGAUAUAAAACCUGAUAAUUUGUUGAUUACUAGCACGGGUACGGUGAAGAUAGGGGAUUUCAGUGUCAGCCAGGUUUUUGAGAAUGACAACGAUGAGCUUCGCCGUACUCCCGGGACUCCUGUGUUUACUGCACCCGAGUGUUGUCUAGGUUCAGUAUAUCACGGAAAAGCUGCUGACACGUGGGCUGUGGGAGUUACCUUGUACUGUAUGGUACUUGGAAAAUAUCCGUUUCUUGGUGAGACACUACAGGAUACAUAUGAAAAGAUUGUUAAUAACCCUUUAAUCCUGCCGAACGACAUGAACUCAGAGUUGAGGAGCUUACUAGAAGGACUUCUUUGCAAAGACCCAAAAGAGAGAAUGACUUUGAAUGAUGUAGCCAAGCAUCCUUGGGUUAUUGGAAAAUAUGGACCGAUACCCCAGUAUAUGUGUUGGUGUAAGCGCAACAAUACUGACGAGGGGCGGAAUCCAAUACGAGGAAUGAUGAUACUCAAUGGUAACUAACUAAUCUUCUGCUUUUGAGAAUUUGCUGUACAGUAAACUAAAAAGAAAAAGAAAACUCGGGCCUCCUUUUUUGCCCGGUUACUCCCUUUUUAAUGCAUGCGCCGGAGAACCAAAAAAUCAAGAAAGCCGAAGACCGAGAUGAAACAGUAGUGGUUGUUUCGGGUUUUAUGAUAAGAUAUACAGUAGGGAAAUAUUUGUGCAAAAAGUGAUUCUGUGAGAUAUGAUAUCAUAGCUUGGGUUUGUUUGUUUUUUUUCGAUACCGAGCUUUAGUUUGUUAUGGUUUGUAUGAGUGUUAUUCUCAAUGGUAUCUCAAAUCUAUUGUACAUUAAACGAAAUAAUUUACUUUACAAGCAAGUACUUAUAAUUUUGUGAGAUUA